UGGAUUUUAUCUCUGACCCAGUGGGGAGCCAUAGAAGGUUCAUAAGCAAGGUAGUGGGUUGAUGAGGUUAAAUUUUUUUUUAAAAGAUAUAUGUCAGCAGGGUAGAAGAUAAGUUGAAAUGGAGGGAGGAAGACCAGUUAAAAAACUUAAUACCCAAAUGAGACAUACUGAGUCUGUUCUAAGUCAAUGGCAACGUGAAGCUGAGACCAGAGAUGAGAGAGAUUUUUGCAGCAUUUUUGUUGACCCCUUGGGUAUAGAUGGUGAAAGAAAAGUGUGAGUUAAGGAUGACAGUGAUAUUUCUACCUUGGGAGGCAGGUAGAUAUAGAUGGUGAUGCCAGCCACUGUGUUUAGUGAUGAAUAAAGUAGGCACUAAAUAAAUACUUGAUCAGUGAAAUUAUUAACAUUAUAAUAUUAAUAAUAUUUAUUAAUUAAUCCACUGGGACUUCCCAGGAGGCCCAGUGGUUAAGGGGGCCUUAACCAUUACAGGGGGCAUGGGUUCCAGCCUUGGUCAGGGAACUAAGAGCCCACGUGUCUUGCAAAAUGGCCAAAAUAAAUAAGAUAAGCAUUCCUGGGAGGAGUAAAAAGGCUCAGAAUUCUAGCUCUAUCACAAGCUUGCUAGGCAAGUAACUUAACCUCUCUGAGCCUCAGCUCCUUCAUCUUUAUUGGGACAUUGCUCCACCGCCUUUGAGCCAAGAGCUAGAAAGGGAUCAGAAUCUAGUUAGUUUCAAAGUGAGUUCCUUCAUUUUUACAGUAGUUUCAAAAUCUAGGGGUCCCUAAGACUCUUUAGGGAUCCACAAGGUCAAAACUAUUUUCAUAGUAAUAAUAGCAAGACUUUAUAUGUCUUUUUUAUUUUCAUGGGUGCACACUGUGUUUUCCAGAAGCCAUGUGACCUGUGAUACUGCAGCAGAUGCUUGUAGAGGCAGAUAUGAGAAGCCUGUUGUCUUCAAUUAAAUCGGACAUGCAAGUGAUUUACAAAAAUAUGGAACAGAUUAAGCGUGCAAACCGCCUUUAUACUAAUGACUCCAUCUUCCUGAAGAAAACCCUCUACAUCCCCAUCCUGACAGAGCCCAGAGACCUGUUCAAUGGUUUGGAUUCUGAGGAAGAGAAGGAUGGAGAAGAAGCAGUACAGCCAAGUAAGGAUGAAGUUCAACCACACUCAGCUGAGAGGAAGAAAGGAGAAAGAGGUUUAGGCCAUGCCAAUGGGGAAGUCCUUCCCACACCUGGCCAGGAGCCCCCCAUACAUGACCUCUCUGCCUCCGAUUUCCUUAAGAAGCUUGAUUCACAGAUCAGCCUGUCAAAGAAGGCUGCUGCCCAGAAGCUGAAAAGGGGGGAAAGUGGGAUACCUGGGGAGGAUUCAAGUCUUCACCUGAGCUCUCCUCGGAUGCAGCAACGAGCAGUCCUAGGUCCCGUGCCACUGACCCAGACCUCUCGGACCCGGACACUUCGGGACCAGGAAGAUGAAAUCUUCAAACUCUGAGGUCCCCAGAAUGGAUUGAGAGAAGCCAGAUGCUGAAGGAGCAUCGUGAGGGAGAGAGGAGCUGGAGGUGAGGCUCAGGAACACGGCUUCCCAGGCUAUCUCCCUGCACUCCUGCCAUCUCCCCAGCCUCCUUGUCCGGCAAGAGUUCCUUGGCCUGGAGCAGUUCUAUUGGCAAGGGUAGAGGAUGGGAAACAGACCCCUUCUCUGUUCUUGGGCUGAGUCUAGAAUUGGUCUUUAGACUCAAAAGGUCUUUUACAUCCCUGCUGCCCUUCCCGUCCCUUUCAUGAUUCCUUGACCUUAGAGCCAAGGGAGGCAGGGACUCCCCUAGCCCUUAACUUCCUCCCCAUCUCCAACUCUGUUACCUAAUUUAUUUGGUGCUAUAUUGAAGUAAUAUUUAUUUGCUGUACCUUAUUGUUUCCCACUCUUAGCUGAAAAAUGGGAUUUCUGUAGCCCUGGGAUGAGGGGAACCCAGGAACAGUGAGCCAGUGAUUUCUAGUCCACCUUCCCCACCUUCUUAGCCAACCAUUUUAUUGAGCAUGGGCCAUCAGUGAUCUAGCCCUGCUGCAGGGAGUGGCAGACUGUGCCGGGCCUUGCCCCCAAUCUCAAAUGAAAGAAUCUGGGCUUAGUCUUGACUAACCAGGUCACUGUAACUUUUUCACAACUCUUGCUCUGAGAAAAAAAAACAACAGCAAUGUAGGGUCUGGAACCCUCCGUGCCACCAGUUCACCUCUCUGAUCUGCUCCUCUCUUCAGCCUGUGUGAGACUAAGGGAUGGAAGAAGAAUUGACUUGGAGUUUGAAGAGGAAGACAGUUGUGGGAAUCUUUUUGCCAUGGGAGCCUCUUUGUUAUACCCUCUCCCUACCAGAGCCUAUUGAUCUAUGCCUUGCUCCUCACUACGUAUUUAUUUGCAAUUUGUAGCACUGAUCUGUGGUAUAGUUUUUUUUGAGUGUCUUAAACAGAAGAAGUAGGCAAGGAAACCCUAGUGAUAUUGGAAAUAUGCCUCAGUCUCCUGUAUGGAAAUGGUGAGAGGUGAGAUGAGUGGUGUUUAUAUACCUCUUCCCUCUGUGAUGGUCAUAAGAUGUAAGAAGCUGGAGAGAUUAAACAUUGAGCCCUGUG